ACUAUCAAUGCGAUCAUCAAAAUUUAUGCCCAGUGGCACAUACAUAGUACAGUGUGGGGUGAAAUUUGUUAUUUUUAUUCUACAUCUCGUCUUGUUAUUCUUGCAGGUAUGGCGAUUACCAACAACAAAGGGAAAGACCUCACAGUAAGAGGAAUUUUGUUAUGUGCUAUGAUGGAUGCACCAGCUAAGUGCUUAAUGCAAAAUUUUGUGCACUACAAUGGUUUUAGCGGGUGUCCUUAUUGCUUGGAGCAGGGAACUAGUGUGAAGACAAGUGCAAAAGGUCACACACAUGCAUAUCCAUUUAACAGAAAAUGUCUGCAUCAGGGUUAUGAUGAAGACCGCAGUCAUGAAAACACUCUGCAGCAUGCAUAUGAGGCCCAUAAGUCAAAACUAGAGGGGAAGUAUUCACCAGUUUGUGGUGUCCAAGGGUAUUCGUGGUUUAUGUUUAUCCCUGGAUUUGACAUUAUCAAAGGCAUUGCAGUGGAUUAUAUACAUUGUGUUCUAUUGGGAGUUACCAAGAUGCUUAUGACAUUGUGGUUUGACAAAUCACAUGCAACAGUAUGUUGGAGCAUAAGCAAACAAGACGAAGAGGUUGACAGGCGGUUGUUAAAUAUUACCCCACCAAAUUGUAUUUCAAGGGCACCUAGGAGCAUCACAAAAGAUUUUGCUCAUUGGAAAGCUUCGGAGUUUAGAUCCUUUCUUUUUUUUUUUUUACAGUAUCCCAUGCCUGUGGAACAUUCUAUUAGAUGAAUACUUCCAACAUUUUAUUUUGUUUGUUGAAGCAAUUUGGUUAUUAGAUCAAAGCUCGAUCUCACCACAGUGUUUGCAGAAAGCUGGUAA